GAGAGCUGAGCCGUUCGGUCUUCGAAAUGGUGCUCAACCAAGAGACGUUCAACGGGAUGCGCGACGCAGUGCAACAGGCUCGACAGGACAUGCACGAUCUACGGCAACAGAACGCCGCGCUCCAGCGACAAGCAGACCAGGCCGAAAAGCUUGAGAUCAUCAGACGGCUCGGCGAGGUGCUCGAGAGAGUCGCAGAACGGCCGCCGCCACCGGCGGCCCAGCGGAUUCAAGCGAAGGAUAUUGGGAAGCCACAGGCCUUCAAGAAUGAAGGGCCGAAGUUCAGCGAGUGGCUCCAGAAGCUCAAUAGCUACGUGCUCAGUGUCUUCGGCGUGAACUUCCGGCCGGUGAUCGAGUGGGCAGUCGACCAGGCGAACGUCGCGGUCACGCUCACCACGGCCGCUGCGGUGGAGCAGUUUGUGAGUGAGGCCGAGGACGGCGAGGCAGUCGACAAUGUGGACGAGGAGCUCUCGCAGCUCUACGCGGUGUUCGUCUCGCUCACGGAGGGCGAGUCCUUCGACCUGGUGGUCAGCGCAGUCCAAGGCAAUGGGGCUGAAGCCCUACGAUUGCUAGUGCGGCGCUGGGAUCCUACCAGCGGCCGUCGCCGCCGCGUGCUACUCAAGAAGAUCAUGGCGCCGACCAGGGUCGCAAAGCUCGAGAACUUGGCCGCAGAGGUUGUGAAAUGGGUAGAGCUGGUCAGGCGCUACGAGAGGCGCAGAGCCGACGGUCGAGACGUACACCUAGACGACGAGAUCAAGAUGAGUGCGCUCGAGAGCCUCGCGCCGCAGGACGUCGAGAUGCACGUUGCCCUCGCCCGCGCCAGGCUCCAGGACCACACUGCGAUGCGAGAGGAGGUCAGGGGCCUCCUGGAGACCAGACAUGCUCAAGGAGCCCUUGGUCGGUCGAGAGGCGACCCGAUGGAGGUCGACGCGUUCGUCGGGGGAGGCGACGGCAAGGGCAAGCGCGGCAAGGGCAAGGGCAGAGAUGGCAAGGGCAAGACUGGCAGCGGAAAAGGGAAGACGGACAUUUCGAACGUGGCCUGCUGGAACUGCCGAAAGAAGGGCCAUCGUGCACAAGACUGCUGGAAGCCCACUGAGAGAGGAAGUAAGGGUGACAAAGGCCAGGGCAAAGGACGCGGAAAGGAUCCGAAGGGCCGGCGUUUCCAACAGCAAGGCGUUCGCCGAGGCUACCUCGGCAACUUCGAGGGCGACGCGCGCAGCGCGAUCAGCGCGCGGCUACGGGCGUCGGCCUCGCAGGCCGGCGCAUGCAACCAGUCGCCCGCCGCGUUCAGCUUCGACGCCUUCGAGCGCGUGCUGGAGCUGAGCAGCGUGGGGUCGAAGGGUGAGAAGCAGUGCGGGAAGUGCAUUGCGAUGACAUUUGACACCGGCGCCGCUGCCGCGGCCUUCCCGCUCGAGCAGGAGGGCGAGCGCGCCGAGGCCGACGGCGGCCCAUGCCGCGCAGCCACCGGCGAGAUCGCAGAGGACGAGGGCGGCGUCGGCAUCAAAGGAGUGUCGGAGUACGGAGGCCACUUCACGUGGGUCGGCGCCUUCGGCGGCUACGCCCUGAAGGAGAGCGAGUUCACGCAGAAGAUCCACCAGGUGAUCGACCAGUGCGUGGCUGAGGGCAACGAGGGCAUCGUGCCGCUGUGCCUGCAGAACGGAGUCUACAAUAUGGGCGUGCUGAUGCUGAAGUACGAGAAGGGAUCGGAGACGACGAGGACUAUGACGGUAAUCCUCCGGAGGUUGCGCCGGCGAAAGUGCACGGGCGAAAGCGACUACCUACUCGAAUUGAAGUUGACCAACGCGAGGCUGCAGGUCACGCCGUAUUUCGAGAUUGGUGUGAAUUUUGCCGUGCAGCUCGAGGGCUUGGCCAACCUCAUGAACUACAGGCUGAAGCUCGCGAAGAAGGCCGGCGAGGGGGGCGAGGGCCAGGAGGGCAACUUCCCGACGCUGGUGGCCAGAGAUUCUAAGACGAAGCUGCCCUACUGGACAGCGGUUCCGGGCAAGAAGGUCACCAACUUCAUGAUCGAGAUUCUGAUGAGCUUCACCCUGCACCUCGGCUGCCGCAGGCUGAUCUUCCAGAGCGACGAGGGGCCCGCGAUCGUGGCGCUCAAGACGGCGGUCGCGGUGGCGACGCCGACGGUGGAGUUCCUGCCUCGAGAAUCGCCAGCAGGAGAGCACCAGAGCAACGGAGGCAUCGAGGUUACCGUGCGAGAGGUCAAGAGGCAGGUCGGGGCGACCAGGUACGCGCUGGAGGCCAAGCUCGGCAGGAAGUUGGAUGAUGGCCGCCCGAUCUUGAAGUGGCUGCCCCAGUGCGCCGCGGCCUGCGUUGGCCGGUGCCGACGCGGAGCCGACGGCGUCGCUAGAGAACGGCGGCGCUCAGGCCGCGACUGGAAGAAGCUGGAAGCAGAGUUUGGCGAGCGGGUGAUGUACAGGCCGCUCGCGCCAGGAGGUCGCAGGAGCACCGUGGAGGAGCGCAUGAAGUCCGGGAACUUCCUGGGCAACCACAUGCGGACGGGGGCCCUGUUCGUCAUGGCGGUUGGCGGUGUGGAGAAGGCCCAAGGUUUCAAGAAAUUGCCGAAGGAGCAAGCCUGGGGCGGCAAGAUCGAGCACGAGUUGCCGAACACCACUUUCGAGCCGGAGACCAAGCAGUACGCGGGCGAGGUGUUCGAGGUCGAGAAGCAGCUGGAGAAGACCAAGCUGCCCUACCGCCGCCCUCUGGAGACGGCGAUCGAGCUCCUGCCCCAAGAGCCGAGGGGCAACGAGAUGGCGGUGGUGCCGGCUCCAGAUGGAUCGAUGGACGUCGAUUUCCUGGAGCGGAUCAACGGCUACGACAAAGGCCGCGCGUUUAUUAUGAUCUACGAGCUGGUGAUGUUCGAGAUGCGGACGAACGCCGACGUGAAUGACGCAGAGCAGGCUGAGGAGAUCGCGUCACUUCUUACCGAGAUGUGCGCAGUGGACACUGCCGAGGUUUAUUCGCCGAGAAGGUUUGCAGAGAUGACGUUCAGGCACGGCCUCGCGCACGGCCUGGCAGUGGAUGUCGAGACUGGUUGGGGUCUGCGAUUUCCCGAGCAGCGAACGAAGUGCAAGAAGCAGCUGAAGGACGAAGACCCGCUCCUGACGAGCACCGACCCGAAGAUCGUGGGGGCGGAGAUCCUGGAAGGCGAGACGCACUUCAAUUUCAGCAUGGAGAUCUGCACGGAGCGCUACAAGGCGACCGACUCCAACGGAAAGUUGGGCUUCGUUCGGAAGGAGACCGGGUGGCUCACUAACAGCGAGCUGCUCGCCGAGAUCCUCAAAGCUUGGUGGCAGCUAUUCUCAAAGGCUUACGAGAGGAGCUUCGACGACGAGAAGGGCUUAACCUACUUGCAGCUCUCUGUGGAGGACCACACCCACAUGAAGAAGACACUGAGGGAGAUCAUUUACAAGUUGUACGACAUCUCGAGGGCGCACUUCUAUGGUGAUGUGAAUCGCGAAGUGCACGUGGAGUUGCCCGAGGAGGAGACCUACGACGAUCUGGAACCCAUGGUGGGCAGGCUACUCAAGACGAUGCAUGGCACAGUGGGCGCAAGUCAUGUGUGGCAAGACGACUACAUCGGCCUGGCGAGCUCGCACAGCUUCAAGAAUGGCGUCUCGAACCCAGCGCUGCUGUACCACGCCGAGCGUCAUAUGCAAGCGGAGGUCCACGGCGACGCCUUUGGUGUGCUUAUGCGCAAGUCCCUGGAGGGGUGGUUCGAUGACGUGCUUUCACGCUGCGAUUUUAAGGUCGCGGGUAUUCUGAGCAGCAGGCCCCUGAAUGAACAGAGCGUGGUUUGUCUCAACCGGGUGUUGAUCUGGAACCCCUUCGAGCGUUCGGCCUACCUCAAAGCGGGCACCCGGCGCGUGAGGAAGGUGAUCAGGGACCUGGGCUUGGAGAAUGCGAAGGAGGUGACUACCCCGGCUGUUAAGAGGUCUGUCGCGGAGAUCCCGAGUAGUAACCAGACCUCGCCGAAGCUGGGCGACGAGAAGGCGAAGACCUACCGCGGCGUGACCAUGCGGACCAUGUACCUGAGUCCGGGCCGGCCCGACAUCAGCUACAGCGCGAGCAUGCAGGUUAGACGCAUGAAGGGGCCGAAGGAGACCCACAUGGAGGAUCUGAAGCGCAUUGGCCGCUACUUGAAGAAGCGCCCCGCUGGAAGGUUGCUGCUUCCCGCUCAGAAGCUGCCUAGAAAGGUUUGUGUUUACUGUGGCAGCGACUACGCGGGUGAUCCGAUUACGAGGCGUUCCCGACAUGGAAUGGCCAUUCUAUGGGGAACGCAUCUGCUGAACUAUGGCAGUGCGGUCCAAUCCACGGUGAGUUUGAGCAGCGGCGGGGCCGAGUGCUAUGCGCUACUGCGUGGAGCUUGUCACGGUUUCGGAGCGCAGGCCACUUUGGCCGACCUUGGAGUUGAGGUGGGCUGCGAGAUGGAGCUUUACAUUUUCAGCGAUAGCUCAGCCGCGAGAGGAACUGCAAGCCGACAGGGACUGGGGGCUGCUCGACACUUGGAUGUUCGAUUUCUAUGGCUGCAGGAACGUAUUCAGAGUAAAAGGCCGUUGCUGAAGACGGUCGAGGGGCACUGCAAGCCGGCGGACCUGUUCACGAAGGCCUUCGACCAAGACACGAUGGAGCUGUUGAUGAAGCUGAUCUGCUUCGCGAUGAAGUUCGACGGUAGCGUGAGGCACCGUGUACUGUGA